AUGAAAGGAAGGAUACAGAUCGUUAAGCUCGUGUGGAAAAUUCUGGGAAAAAUAGUGACCCCACCAGUUCCAUUCGAUUUCGAUAACCGGGAAAUAGAAGAUGAUGAAAAUACCCUUCCGGAAGAUGUGAAGGAGGGGUAUUUCGCGGUCCAUACGGUUGAUGGUGGUGUGUUGAAGAGGUUUGUAAUAGAAAUAAGUUAUUUAGGUCAUCCGAAAUUUCUGAAGCUUUUGGAGCAAGCGGAGGAAGAGUUCGGUUUUGCGCAAAUUGGUGUUCUUGCUAUACCAUGCACUUAUAGUGACCUUCAAUCUAUAGUUGGAUAA